ACGAGAGCGCGAGCCCCAGCGUUCUCUGUAAGGUCCACAAAACAUUGAACUGAUGCGAACGGAUGAUGAGAGCAAGCGCAUUGGACACUACCGGACAUAGUCUUGGAAGAUUUCUUUCUUUUUUUUUUUUUUUUUUUUUUUUUCUUUUUCUUUUUUCUUUUUUUCUCCCCACUUGUUCUCUCACGCAGGCAUCCGUCUCAAUCUGACUGACUGAUUGAAGACAGCAAGUUUUGGAAGAUGUUGUCCGUGUAGCCGCGUGAAAUUGGGUGUUUCGGGAUGCUGUGAGCCCUGUCCGGAGUAGCGGUGGUUCGGGGUUUCCUUUCGUGCGCAAAGAGAGGACACUUCUUUCUGAUGUACGUAACUACCAUCAGCCAAUUUACGCGCUCGUGUUCACAGACUUUUUAAGCGGACCCUAAGUGUAGAAAGGAGGAAUUUUAUGGAGAAACAGCGCUGACAGCGGGGAAAGGAGCUGUUUUUGUUGUAUCGACGGAACUGCGCUGGUGCUGAAUUUUGGAUAUCCAAAGCGCUUGACUUGAGGUGUGGAAAAGAAACGCGGCUCUCGCUCCGACUCCAUCACUCAAGACAAUUAACUGAGAGGAGUAAUUACACGUUAAGCACAGACUGACAAUGUUCCAAAGUGCCAGUGCGAUGUGGUCACAGUGGAGUGCCAUGCUAGUGUGGAUUGUGCUUCUCCUCUGUUGCUCUGCUAGUGUAGUCAACACCAUCAUCUACCAGGUGACCGAGGAACAGCCGCCCAACACUCUGAUUGGCAGCUUGGCAUCUGACCAGGGCCUGCCAGACACUGGUCACCUUUACAAGCUUGAAGUGGGUACUCCUUUCCUUCGUGUGGAUGGCAAAACAGGGGAUAUCUACACCACAGAGACCCCAAUCGAUCGUGAGACUCUCAAGGACUGUCGCAACCUUUUCGAGGGUGAUCCUUGUUUCCUGGAAUUCGAGGUGUCUAUUACAGACCUGAUGAAAGGCACAGGACCUCGGCUUAUCGAAGGCCGCAUCGAGAUCCUGGAUGAGAACGACAACACACCUCAGUUCUCUUCACCCGUCCUGACAUUGUCGAUCCCAGAGAACACACAUGUGGGUGCACUUUUUGCAAUUCCGGUGGCCAGUGAUAAGGAUUCCGGAAGCAAUGGCAUUGCUGAUUAUGCACUAACAACUGGCCCUGAAGCUGCCAACCUUUUCAGCCUGCAGGUGGCACAAGACUCAGAUGAAAAAUUGCCACAACUCAUUGUAUUGGGUAACCUGGACAGAGAGCAGCGAGAUUCAUAUGACCUCAACUUAAAAGUGGUUGAUGGCGGCUCCCCACCUCGCCAGAGUAGUGCCCUGCUCAGGAUCACCAUUGCAGAUGCCAACGACAAUGUGCCCAAAUUUGAGAAGUCACACUAUGAGGGUGAGCUGCCAGAAAACAGCCCAGUCGGUCAUUCUGUUUUGCAAGUGAAGGCCAAUGACUCUGACAUGGGGCCCAAUGGAGAGGUGACCUACAGCAUUCAUCAGGCAUCACCAGCAGUCCAAAGGCUUCUAAGCAUUGACCGUAACACAGGUAUGAUUUUUGUCAAAGGCUUAGUGGAUCGUGAAGAAAUUGGCAUGCUCAAAUUCUAUGUCCAGGCUAAAGACAACGGCCCCCAAUCCAAGAGCUCCAAAGCCCUUGUGACCAUCACAGUUAAAGACCAGAAUGACAAUGCACCCUCUAUCAGAAUCCGGGGCAUUGGCCUUGUGACACAUGAAGAUGGUGUGGCUAACAUAUCAGAGGAUAUGCCUGUUGGCACAGCUGUGGCUCUUGUGGAGGUAUCUGAUCGUGAUGAGGGUGAGAACGCUGUUGUGACCUGCGUUGUUGCAGGGGAUGUCCCAUUCCAGCUGCGUUCAGCUAGCGAAACAGGAAAUGACCGAAAGAGGAAGUACUUCCUCCAGACAACCACACUUCUGGACUACGAGCGGAUCAAAGACUACAGGAUCGAAAUUGUGGCAGUGGACUCUGGCAACCCUGCACUGUCCAGCACAAACUCUCUGAAGGUGCAAGUGACGGACAUGAAUGAUAACUCCCCAGUCUUCUCACCCUCUUUGUAUGAGGUGGAAUUUGCAGAGGAGAACCAGCCAGGUGACAAGGUUCUGGAUGUAGUAGCCACAGAUGCAGACAGUGGAACUAAUGCAGAGUUGACAUACAGUAUAACUGGUGGAUCAGUCCCAGAGGGGCUUUUUGAAAUUAACCCUAACACGGGAGAAGUGCGAGUCAUGAGCCAGUUGGACCGUGAACAGUUAGAUCACUAUCAAUUUCUAGUUGCAGCUGUUGAUAAAGGUGUGCCAAGCUUGAGAGGAACAGCCACUGUUGUUGUGAAGGUGCUCGACAGGAAUGACAAUGAUCCUAAAUUCAUGCUGAAUGGUUAUAGCUUUUCAGUCCAAGAGAACAUGCCACCUCUUAGUCCUGUUGGAAUGGUAACAGUUAAUGAUCACGAUGAGGGCGAGAAUGCUCAUGUUCAACUCUCUGUAGAACCAGACAACGGCAAGUUUAUGAUUCAAAAUGGAACAUACACCAUCCUUUCAACCAUUUCCUUUGACAGGGAAAAGGAAAGCACCUACAGUUUUCGACUUAAAGCUGUCGAUGGUGGUGACCCACCACGUUCCUCCUAUGUUGGUAUUACCAUUAAUGUUCUUGAUGAGAAUGACAAUGCUCCAUAUGUCACUAAGCCCUCCAACUCCUCAUAUAAGUUCUUGGAUCCCCGGACGAGCCCGGAAACUCACGUAGAACACGUUGAGGCAGAGGACAUUGACAUUGGUUUAAAUUCCGAACUGGAGUUCAGUAUCACAGGGGGUAAUCCCCAUGGAUUGUUCCGUAUCUCUUCAGAAGGUGAGAUUACAUUAGCUAAAGAGUUCACACCCAAACACAUUGGUCUCCACCGCUUGGUGGUAAGGGUUAAGGACAGGGGCUCGCCACCACGCCAGACAACUGCACUGGUCCACAUCUAUGUGAAUGAGACAAUCGGCAAUGUCUCCCAUGUUGAAGGACUUGUUGGACACAGUCUGUAUACACCACUAGAAAUGGACAUUGCUGGGGAUCCUGAUUAUUCUCGGGACUCGCAUAGUAACAUUCUCUUUGGAAUCUUGGGUGGCUUUUCAGUAGUCAUUCUGAUAAUUGUGGUGGCAAUGGUUAUCCGGCAUGUAGUGCUAAAGGAGAACAAAAGUGGCUACCAGGCAGGCAAGAAGGAGACCAAAGACCUCUAUGCCCCCAAACCAGGGCCUAAGAGUAACAAGAACAAGAAGCCUAAAAAAAGCAAAGCUCCAAAGCCUACCAACCCAUCUGAAGAAGAUGAGGGAGCAAGUCUUCAGAAAGGAUUAAAGUUCAACCUCAUGAAUGAUAGUGUCAAUGAUAGCCCUAGAAUUCAUCUGCCACUCAACUAUCCCCCUGGGAGCCCAGACCUAGGGAGACACUAUCGGUCUAAUUCUCCUCUGCCAUCCAUUCAGCUCCAACCUCAGUCACCAUCUGCCUCAAAGAAACACCAGGCAGUGCAGGACCUGCCAGCCACCAACACCUUUGUAGGAACCGGUGACAACAACUCAACAGGCUCAGACCAGUAUUCGGAAUACAGCUACAAGGCCAACCCUCCAAAAUAUAGCACCAAACAGCUCCCGCAUCGUCGAGUGACCUUCUCCACAGCCAAUCAGGCGCAAGACCUGCAGGAUCCCUCUCAGCACAGUUACUAUGACAGCGGCCUGGAUGAGUCGGAGACACCCAGCAGUAAGAGUUCUUCGGGGCCCCGUAUCGGGCCCCUGGCCCUUCCCGAAGACCACUACGAGCGCACCACUCCUGAUGGCAGCACUGGAGAGAUGGAACACCCUGAGAACGAUCUUAGGCCUCUUCCUGACGUGGCCAUGACGGGAAAGUGCACACGUGAGUGUACGGAAUUUGGCCACUCUGAUUCCUGCUGGAUGCCCGGACAGCCCUCACCCAACCGCACCAAGUGUGCCAAGAGCGGGCCCAAGCUCUCUACCUUUGUGCCUUACCAGGAGAGGGAGGGUCAGGAGCGUAUUUUCGGUGACAGCAGCUCCAAGCCUAUGGGAGAGGAGCGGAAUGGAGGUGGGAGCAAUAAAGUGGCCAGCAUUCGCUUUCUGCCACCCUACACUAGUGCCUAUUCUGCAGGUGGCGACACCGGCAAGGACUGCCCCCUGGAAGAGAUCCCCUUAAGUCAUACAGCCGACUACGCCCCUGCUACUACACCCUCUAGCCAAGGCUCCAAAAGAGAAAUCUACCUGUGAAUCACCUGUUGUUCGCCUGGGUUCGGUUCCACAUAUGAUCCAAUUUACUUGUGAUCAGUAAUGCCUGUGAUAGGAUAAAAGGCCUUGUAGUCAAAACACCUGAAAAAAUCUACUACACCACCAGACCCCAAUUUACACAGACUGUCACAACAUACAUCUCCAAUCCCCUCAGCCAUAAGCCUAAUGGCUGACACAACACAGCUAGAGUCCUUCUUCAAAACCCUUCAGGGUUUAAUACAACCCUGUGCAUUAUUAGAGGCUCUGGAAGCCAAAUAGACAGAUGAAAGAAGAAAAUCAUAAAAAAAAAAAAAAAAAAAAAAAAAGUUUUGUGAAUAUAACAUGAAGAAAACAACCCUGUGUAAACUUCUAUUGAACGAAUGUAUGGACAAUUUAAAGUGAACUUUGUGAUAAUUUAAUGUCUAGGGUAUAUUCCUAUUGGAUUGAGGUUAUUUUGUUGAUUUUUGUUUUAUAUAUAAUAUAUAUAUAUAUAUAUAUAUAUAUAUAUAUAUAUAUAUAUAUAUAUAUAUAUAUAUAUAUAUAUAUAUAUACACUACCGGUCAAAAGUUUUGAAACACUUGACUGAAAUGUUUCUCAUGAUCUUAAAAAUCUUUUGAUCUGAAGGCGUAUACUUAAAUGUUUGAAAUUAGUUUUGUAGACAAAAAUAUAAUUUUGCCACCAUAUUAAUUUAUUUCAUUAUAAAACUAAAAAUUUAUCAAAUAAAAAAAUAAAAAAAAUAAAAGAUUUUGAAAUUGAUGACUUGGACCAAAUAAUAGAAAAGCUGCCAAUAAGUGCCCAACAGAGAUGGGAUUCAAUACUGUUUAAAAAGCAUCCCAGGGUGAUACCUCAAGAAGUAGGUUGAGAAAAUGUCAAGAGUACAUGUCUGCAAAUUCUAGGCAAAGGGUGACUACUUUGAAGAUGCUCAAAUAUAACACAGUUUUAAUUUAUUUUGGAUUUUGUUUAGUCACAACAUAAUUCCCAUAGUUCCAUUUAUGUUAUUCCAUAGUUUUGAUGACUUUACUAUUAUUCUAAAAUGUGAAGAAAAAUUAUAAUAAAGAAUGUGUAAGUGUUUCAAAACUUUUGACCGGUAGUGUGUAUAUGUAUAUAUAUAUAUAUAUAUAUAUAUAUAUAUAUAUAUAUAUAUAUAUAUAUAUAUAUAUAUACACAGAUAUUACUUCUGAUUCAGACUGUAGUUAUGCAUACCUAUACACUGAGCUACACAUACAAAUAGUAGCACAUUUUGAUUCUUUCUUUUUGUUUUUCUGUUUUUGUAUGCGUGUGUACAGUAUGUAUCCCCAAUAAGAACUUUUGAACUCCAGAAGAACUGGCAAACAAAUGUUGGCGAUCCAAGGGGGAAAUACAUUUUCACUCACUUUGCUGAAGAGAAAACAUAUUCACAAUUCUGUAAGCACUGAAGGGUAAAUUUUUCUUACAUUUGUCUUUUUCAUAGAAGCUCUUUUCUUAAUGUACAGUGAUGUAAAUAGUACACGCUUAUGAAGGAACAGUUUUGAUUGUCCAAUGAUUUACCUGUACAGAACUUCGAAGCUCUGACUUCCUUCUAGUUGAUAGUAGAAGAGUACUUUCUUCCCUGUUAGUAAAUGAAGGAUAACAGUUUGGACCACAGAAUGCGAAACUCAGCUGUCUAACUACACAGGACUCGAGUGAACAUAGAAUUUGGGGCAAAAUGAAGGGGAGCCAAUGGAUUGCAGCAGGUUUAUAUGAUGUGAUUUGUCAGAUUUGAAAAGUUGCCAUUACCCAUGAUGGGCUUCAUCAGUUUCCGACGGAGGCCUUGUGGAAGCAUAGCUGGCUCUCCCAGUGACUGUUCUCUGUAACACUCCUAUACUUCAUCAGAAGACUGUAGUGGGAUCUUGAGUAACAACGUUUCACCAUAAACACUGAAAUGUCCAUGUACUGUGCAAUAUCCUACUCGUUUUCUAACAUGCCAAACUCUGUUGUGUAAAUGUGUGGUUGUGCCAGAGGUGCUUAGAGCCCUGCUCUACAGUGGGUCUUACCCUGACAGAAAUUAAUGUGCUCAAGAAGUAGAUGAGUUCAAAAAUAAUGACAUUAGAGCAUUUCUCUCAGAAAAUUGUAAUUCAAGUUGUAUUUAACAAAUCCAAUAUACUCUAGGAUCUCGAGAUUCUGUUUUAAGUGUGCUUUGAGAAAAUGGCAUUACAAAACUCCUUCAGUGAGUUUAGAGACAGAGUUUAGCUUGCCUUCAUUGUGUUACUGCAAAGCCCCACUGGCCUAAAUGGGGCGGUUUCCUGAGUCGUGAUAAUUUACACAUCUGAAAGCUGGGCCUUUCAAGAAGAGUUUACAGGAAGUUCAUUUAGAGCUGUUAUUAAUAGCGGCUGACAGUAACAGGGAUUGCUUUUGGUGGCAAUGCAGAUCAGCGAAAGCUAUAAUGAGAAUUAGAGGCACGAGCUAUACACAAUAAGUGCACUAUAAUUUACACCAUGUCACAUAGUUAAGUCACCACUUAAAACUGACUCUUCACCUCCGGCGAAGUAAAGCCAGAUUUUGCUGUUAGCUCUGUAGAUGUUGAUGCAACACAGAUUUACAGCGCUGUUUGGAGUUUAAUAUAUUUAAUUUAAAAAAAACUUUUUAAAAAUGUCUUAUAAGUAAUUAAAAGCUCUCAGGGGAGAGCUAGGUUUAAUGUGUCACUUUAAGUAUUGCACUUCCUUUCAUAAGUGUGGAUUUAUUUCAUUCACAGCUGACCCCUUGUUUGAGCACUGGCAGAACAACGAUGGAUCACUAUAAGGUCCCUCUAAAGUAAAUUCAAUUUUUCCCUUUGACGGGGUCUGUGGUCCCUGUGUGCCCCGAUAUCACCUUUGGAUAAGCAUAGAUGAGCUCAAUGCAGCCUUUAGGCAGACUAAAGGAGAAAACAAGAUUCCUCGCUUGGUCUGUCCUCCCGAAAAUAAAAGUGCAGGUUUGGGCACAUCAACACUCUCUCACUGGUCUUGUUAGGGUCUUAAAGGGAUAGUUCACCCAAAAAUGAAAAUUCAAACAUUUACUCCUCCUCAUGUUGUUCCAAGAGCAUUUGAUUUUCUUUCUUCUGCGGAACAUAAAGGAGAACUUUUGAAGUGUGUAAUAGUCGUAUUAUCCAUGCAGUUAUAAACAAUAGAGACCGGAGCUUUCAAGGUUCAAACAUAAUGCAAAAACACCGUAACAUAUGACUGGUGUGACCAGAUCAUCGAGUCUGGAACCGUCUGAUUUGUAAAUGAAUCAUUCAGACUGAUUUUUUGAACUGGAUCAACAGAUUUAUAGAAAAGAUCCAAAAGAACGAUUCGCUCACGGAUACAACAUUGUUAUUACUUGCAAGAACUCUCAUUGAAUAACAACUUAAAUUUUGGUCUGUUCUUCAUACAAGGCUAUUGUAUGGCUUCAGAAGACAUAGUGUUGUGUAUAAUUUUUUUAUUUUAUUUGUUAUUUAUCAGAGAUUUGCCCGAAGCUGAAUACCGUUUUCAGAAAGUUUUUUUCUUUUCUUUUUUUUUCUUUUUUUUAUUGAUUAUCCAAGAAGUACACGGAUAAAGUGACAUUUUAAAUAAACAUAUCCAAAAUUAUAAUGAAUUUACAAGUCUGUGAAGCCAAUUUUACUAAAGUGUAAACCUUAUGAUUGAAAAUGUGCACUGUGUGAUUUAAAAUCGGAUGUUCGUGAUUUCGACUCUGCUUACAGUCUCCUUUUAAUUGAGGAGACUGUUAACAGAGUCGAGACCAUGGAGACCACGGAGCUUGUCGAGAGCAAGAUUAACUAAGACACUACAUCAUGUACAUUUUCCACUUUUUGAAAUGUCCAUGUUAAUGUAUCACAAGAUUCACACAUAAUGAUUCCCAUGUAUUCAUUUAUAAACAACCUGAGCACGAUGUUAAAUUCCUGACUUGAAGUGAUGAUUCAGAGCGGAGUUCGUCUGUCUGUCUCCUAAAGUGGGUCACAUUUAUAUCCACAUCAGCGAUUAAGGUAAUUAUCUGGUUAAGACUUUAUUUAAAAAAAAGUUAAAAUGUUCCAUAAAGGUUUAAAUGCUUCAUAGAGUGUCAGUCUCUUAUCAGUCUUAGAAUAUCCCUGCACACGUGAUAAUCUAAAGAAGUAAAGCAUGCUCAUUCUUCAAGAAAAAAAAGAAGAAAAAAAGAAGAAAAUAAUAAUUGUAUUAAAUUUAAUAUGAAUAGGCAUAUACAAAACAUAUUUUAUUUAUAGAAACUAUAGUAUGGCCAUUUAAUUUUGACACACAGCCCCUGCACACAUCUGAUUCUGUCCGAAUACAGAUAGAGAUAAUUUUGCAAUAGGAACAGAUACAGAUAAUGGCUGCACUGUAGACCCCUAUUUUUGUGAUUCCUUUUUGAAGCUUGAAAUCUCCAGGCUCAUUUCAUUUAUUUUGUGUUCAAAGGAAGAAAGAAAAUAAUAUAGGUUUGGAACAACACAGUGGUGAGUGCAUGAUUUUUAUUUUAGUGUGAACUAUCCCUUCACAUUUUGAGUUUUGUUCUCUUCAUUGCACACAUCUGUAUGGUGGUCUUCCAGUUAUUUGAAUCUUUCCAGCUACUACUGACCUCAGAGCUGUUUUCUGCAGUGACAAACAGAAGCGGCUUGAGCUGCAUGAACCCGUACGCUGCAUGACAGUUAGACAGUCACUCACUUCCACUGGGAAAACUGGAGUUUAUCCCUGGAGAGCAACUGUCACCGAUACUGCUAGGUCAAAUCAUUCUGAGCCUGUGUGCGCUACUGUGUGUGAGCAUGUUCAUCUUUGUGUGCACACCUGUGUAGUGUCACUGUGUAAAUACAUGCAGAGAUUCGCUUACUGCCUUUAAAGCAAUCAAUUAUCAUGCCCUACGAGUUUAUCUUCACUAUGUGCUGGAAAUUUCAAUGCCCAAAUUGUGUCGUGGCAUAGCAUUGAAUGAUUUGGCUCUUGCUGUGUGAAACAUUGGACACUAUAGUGCAGAUAUUUUAAGGAAAACAUUAUGACAAAUAACAUAUCUUAUGGACUUAAAAUCUUAAAAGGGCAAAAAGAAAGCAAGGGAAAAUUGUAUAAGGGGAAAGAUGGUCCACUGUCUUUUCCCACUGUACUGCAAUUGUAGCUGUUAGUUUAGUAUUUGACAGCAAUAUAUUUUACUCUGCUGUGGGUUAUGAUCGUUUUUGGAGCUUAGGUAGUUUCUUAACUCAAAGAGACCAGUGUUAAAUUAAGUCCCAUCUGCGGCUCCGAAUUUUUCAAAGUCAACCUGUUUUUUUUUUUGUUUUUUUUUUUUUUUUUUUUUUUUUUGUUUAGUUUAGUUUUUGAAAAUUGAAAACAUUGUCAUUUUGAACUGUGAUCUAAUGAUAUUUCAUACCAAGCAUAUUCAUUUUUUUCUUCCCUUUUUAAUUUCUUUAAAGUUAUACAAUCCACGCAACCCUGUUAGCCAGUUUUGUUUUCUGCAAUACUAAUGUGUGCUGCUUUCUCUCUUGUAUUAAAAAUUCACAUUGCUAUUACACAUUUAUUGAUUUUUGUUUUAAUUUAUUUUCAUUUAUUUUUUUAAAUCAUGUCCAUCAACAGCACGGUUAUGAGCAUAAUGUACACCAUCUCUUUUUUUUAGCCAGCAUCUUUUGUUUUAUUUAUUUUCACAGCAUUUAUUCUUCUUUGGGUAUUUGGCCACCUUCUGACCAGGCUCAGCAAUCUGCAGAAUUUUUGCAAAAUAUACAGAUUUCCAGGCCAUGGAUUUAAACAUGGUAAAAAAAAAAAAAAAAAAAAAAAGUGAUCAACAGAGCUAAGAGCACUCUUCUUGUUGGCUGAAAAUGUGAUCAUUGUAGCCAAAAUAUGUAAUAAAUGAGCAUGCAUGAGGCAGGGGAGCUUUUUGAAUGAUGGCCAUUUUGUGGACAUCUAUGGUACUUUCUGUGGAAUUCUGUGGGUACAGAUUCUGUGUGGGCCUGCUCAUGACUGAUGUUCAGUUUCAUUUUACUGUAAGCUCUAUUUAAAUUUUGCUGAAUUGUGCAUUUAAUUACAUGUAAAUCAAUCAAAUUCAAUGUGAAUUAAGAAUCAAUUUUGCUUGACACAUGGACUCAUUUUGGUGGAAAGCCACCCGCUGCAUUUGUCCAGGUAUUAGGAGUUAUGAACGAACAUGUCAUAAUGUUGUAAUGCCACCAUGCAUAGUAAGGCUCACCAUGCAUCACUGAGCAUAAUAGUAGAGAGUAAACAGCAUCAUUCUAUUCUUGGAAAAAGAUUACAAAUGAAACCAGUCGUUUAUUUUGCGAAGUGUUGGCAGAGUGGCUUCAUUACUUCGACUUUGGCCCUGAAAUGAGAACACUUUAGCUCUCUGUGGGCAUCUUUAGAAGAUCUCAAUAUUAAAACAUCUACGCAAUGUUACUGAAGAACAACCACCAUUUAAAUAUAUCAUUACAGGAAGUACAAGUUUGUAGUCUAAGUGUUGGUUAUAUUUAUAUCGAAAUGCUUGUGAUGCCUUGUUUUCUUUGUACAGUUUUAUGUACAUGCUAAUAAUGUGGCUUUUUUUUAAAAGAACUCAAAAAAGAACAUGUUGAAAAACAUCUAAAUUGUAAAAUAUUUUUCAAAGUAGAGUAUGUUAGAAUGGGAGUGUUUGGGGUGUUGGUUGCACAGAAUUGGUGUGUCCGUGUCUAAAAUGUCAUCAGCUACCAUUCAGUGGCUUCUUCUGGUCUAUUUUCAAGUUUUACUGUCUCAUUUUUAUGAGUCUUAUUUUUUCCUGAGUUCUGUGUUACUUGCAGAACAGUGGCUUUUGAAGAGUUUUAGCCCAUAUUUGCUCCAUUAUGUUCUUCUCAACAUCUGCAUGUUAAACACGAAGAGAAAAAAAAAAAAAAAAAAAAAAGGAAAAAAAAAACUGUUGUCUUUUAUUUUUGCUGAGCAAAUCAAAUCAAAUAAAUAAUAUCUUGUAAGUACUCCUUCCUUAUAGCUUUACAAUAAAAUACAUUCAGUAAAAAACAGUAUCUUUCAUGAAUAGUUGGUGGUUUUAUGUGACUUUGAUUAAACAUGUUCUUUUAUUUCA